UCGGAAUUGAGUCGCGACCCUCGCCCUCGUUCAAUUUAGCCCUGGAAACGCCGCCCCAACGCCGCCCCAGCCUCUUCCUCUCUUCCACACCACCAUGACAAUUACCCUACCCUUCUCCCGAUAUCUUCUCUCUGUCAUGGAGCAUAAUUCCAUCUGCUAGCUGACCGUUCCCAACAUAGCAACCAGCGCCUCCUUGAUUGCUCUUCGCUCGCAUCGCAGUAAUGGAGGCCCCAGCGGCGACCCCGAUCUCAACCGAAAACCAAAGCAGCCUAGGCCUGCUCCAGAGCUUGUCCAAGGUUCUGCCGCAGGGCUACAAGUUCCGCGCCUACCAUCUCUCAACUCCGCCGUCUCGAUCCGAGGCCCUUUUCCCAGCCCCUCCCGACGCGCGCCCCGACCGAACCUACAGCGAGAGCCAUUUCCUCGCCAUCGCCAUCCCGACACCGCCCCAGGACCCGGCUCCAACAGAUCCGACGGUGGAUGGGGCCGCCGGUCCCGUUAGAGAGGUCUUGGUUCUCGGUCUCGAAGUUCUCGUAUACACCACGGCUUACUCGAGCACCUUUUUCGUGUCCAAAGCCGACUCGACUGGGUUCCUACACCUCCUAGACCUUCCCAAAGGCACACCCUCGCCUAUUCGGGAGAUCACCUCGGCCUUUGUCGGCUACCUAGUGCAUGAGAGAAGGCGGCAGGGUAUUCAGUCGGUAGUAAGCCUCUUUGCGCGUGCGCAGGGCCAGUACCUGUUCCCCGGGAGCGUCGAGUACAAAGGGAAGCAUGUGCUCACGGACCGGGGGCUGGUAAAAUGGUGGUGCAAGGCUCUUACCCCGCUGCUUGACGGUGCAGACCGCGACACGGCGCACAAGGGCGCGUGGAAGAGCGUCAAGGGCUACCUUCUUGUGCCUGGCCUGGACACAUACGAAACCCGCGCCUUUAUUCCUCGCUCGCCGACGGACAACGCAACUCGCACAGGCUGGGUGCUCGGUCACCCUCUGGAGCGCAUAUCACACUACACAUACGAGUACGACUGGGUGCCGCCGCGGUGUCUCAUUGCACACUACCCAGACGAUCCCAAAUCUCGCUUCCGCGAUGAGCUCGAUAUCGAAGCCGACUGUGGCAAGGGUCGCAACGGCGCCUGGAAGAGCAUACAGAACCUGGACCAGUUCUGGGAGUUGAUGGCAUACCGGCAGGAGUGCUCUAUGGGCGCGCUCACCGGCUUCAUCUGGGUUGUGAUGGAUCCCACCGAGGCCAACAGGCGACCCGCUCCAGGCGCAGCCGCGGCCCAGGCUGUUGCUGUGGCCGCCUCCUCUGAGGCCGGCACGCCCGCCCUGAUGGCGGCCAAUGGGUCAUCCAACCCCUCACUUCCAUUGCCUCCCACCACGCCAUCUCGCGUGCAAAGCCAUGUCCUACCCUUGCGUACACCCCCACAAGCCAGCCCGCGCAAGCUGUUUGAGGCUCCCCAAACGAAUAGUGGAGCUCCACCUCGGGUGGUUACCAAGACGAAGAAGAGCACAAAGAAAAAGAAGAAGCUCACGGGCCCCAUCGUUUCUCGCCAGCCGCGCGUCAAAACUAGCCAGCGCAACUACCUUACCAACCGUCCCGUCACAACCGCAUACUACUACUGGCCAGCCGAGGGUCGGGGCCGCCGACUGGUCAAAGAAGACGGUUACAAGCGCUCGCUUGAACUUCUGCUCCGCUUAGACUUUGCUAACCUAGAGCUAGCCAUCGGUAGCACUAGGCGAUGGAUCAACGAGGUUGGCCUGGGCUCAGCCUGGGGCCUUGACGUGGUCGGCGCCAGGCCGUUGCCCGCUUCGUCGGCGUCCGGAAACGGUAUCACGCAACCGACCGUGAGCAACCUCUCCGGCCUGAUCAAGAGAAAGAAGCCGGUAGGCAGUGAUGACUCUCAGGAUGGCUCCUUGUCCAUGCCGGCGAACUCGACGCCUGCCAUCAACGUGCUGGGGGCAGGUCUGAUCCGGAAGAAACGCAAGCCUGACGAUGAUGUGGAGACGCCCGCUCCGGGAGCGUCUUCAGAUGCAACGAAUGAUGCCAACGCCUCUGCUUCUGAUCCUUCGGUCGCCAACGUACCUGGCGCCGGAUUGGUGCGCAAGAAGCCUAAAACCUAAGGUGACUCCACGCACGUGCCUUGAUCGCCGGGAUCCGCACCACCCAACGAUCAUGCACAAUUUCCAUUUCCCAUCCGUGGUUGACCAUCUCGACGAUUUAAACGGAUAAAUGUGUUGUUUGGUACGGAGUUUAUAUAAAGGAACACAGAACACCAAGUUAAUGACUGGAUAUAUGGACAACCAUCCGGAUGCACACAAGCAGCAAGAAUACGAUGGAUCCUGGGCGAUUCCUUAUAGUCACCGGCGCUGUUGAAGCCAAGGAUGACCCCACGCGAUAGCCAGCAAUAGACGGUGGCAUGCCCCACAACCUUGGUCACGUUCUGCCUGUCUCCCUGAUAUGUUUAGACCCGCUCCCAGUCACACAUCAAGCAUUAUCGAG